GCUGGGAGGCGUGUCAGCGUGUAUGUAAACGAUCAGCCUUUUCCACAUGGUGACAGACGUUUGUGUUUUCUGUCAAGAAAAAUCACACUAUACGUAUUGUAAACAUAAACAGCAGCCCUGCCCCGACGCGCCCCUACCCCAAGCGGAGCCGUCAUGUGGCAGGAGGCCCGCAAACAUGAGCGCAAACUGCGCGGGAUGAUGGUGGACUACAAGCGGCGUGGGGAGAGACGCAGACAGUACUAUGAGAAAAUCAAAAAGGAUCCAGCCCAGUUCCUGCAGGUUCAUGGCCAGGCAUACAAAAUCCAUCUGGAUUCAGCUGUAGCCCUGGCAGCUGAGAGUCCCCUCAACAUGAUGCCUUGGCAGGGAGAUACCAGCAACAUGAUUGAUAGGUUUGAUGUCAGGGCACACCUGGACUACAUCCCCACCUGUACACCACCUCUCCUGAACACUACUCUGCUUAAAAAAGGCACCUUCCUUAAGGAGCUUCCACUCUGGAAAAUGCUCCCACACAUGCUGCACUACAACUCUGGAGCUAUUCCUGUGGCCACCCCCAUAGAACUGUACCAAAUGACCGAGUGUCGGCAAGAAAUGAAAGAGGCAAAACAUGUCACUGCGGCGCACCAAUGGGAUCAAUGA